AGCUUCCGGCUGCUUCACUCGCACAAAGCUCGAUUUUAGAGCGAGAAAUACAGAAUGCCGAUCUCCAGAAUCGCGAUCGGAACUCCCGUGGAGGCGACUCAUCCGUCCGCCCUGAAGGCGGCGCUCGCCGAGUUCAUAUCCACCCUCAUUUUCGUCUUCGCCGGCCAAGGCUCCGGCAUAGCCUUUAACAAGUUGACGAGCGACGGGGCAACGACGCCUGCGGGGCUGGUGGCGGCGUCUAUCGCGCACGGAUUUGCGCUAUUCGUGGCGGUGGCCGUGGGGGCAAACAUCUCCGGCGGGCACGUGAACCCGGCGGUGACUUUCGGGGUGUUCGUGGGCGGCAACAUCACUCUGUUUCGGGGGAUCCUGUACUGGAUCGCGCAGCUCCUGGGGUCGACGGCGGCGUCCCUGCUGCUGCUCUUGACCACCGGGCUUCCCACCGGCACCUUCGGGCUGUCUUCGGGGGUGGGCGUGUGGGAGGCGUUGGUGCUGGAGAUCGUGAUGACGUUCGGGCUGGUGUACACGGUGUACGCGACGGCGGUGGACCCCAAGAAGGGCACCCUGGGCACCAUCGCGCCCAUCGCCAUCGGCUUCAUCGUGGGGGCCAACAUCCUGGUGGGCGGCGCCUUCGACGGCGCGUCCAUGAACCCGGCCAUCGCCUUCGGCCCGGCGCUCGUCAGCUGGGACUGGACCUACCACUGGAUCUACUGGGUGGGUCCGCUUGUGGGAGGCGCCAUCGCCGGGAUCGUCUACGAGACCUUCUUCAUCAGCCGCACGCACGAGCAGCUCGCCUCCGACUACUAAUCCACAAUAAAUUCGAGAGGCCGGCUGCUUGCUCCGUCCGUCUCGAUCGAACGGCCGCCGUCGUCGUCGAGCUGUCUAGCUACUACCUCUUAAUUCCUAAUUAAAUAAUAUAAUAUUAUUACUAUUUUCUUUUCUUUGCUUGAUUUCAUUAUCAGUGAUUCAGUGUACGUUUGUCGCGUACAGUCCUGUUUUUCAAUGAUGUGGCUAGUUCUUGCUUUUCAAUCAAUUUGGCCUGUUCCGCACCCUUUCUUAA